AUGUCUCUGCUUGUGUGUUGGGUGUUUGGCCCCCGGUUUCUCUUCGCCACGCCGUCCCUCUUCUUUUCUUUGCAGGGACUGCGCGGGAAGCUUGGCGCUGCACACAUGACAGAGCUGGGCGAAGUCUUGGCCUGCCGUCUUGGGGCGGAGGAUGAGCGGCUGCGGCGCCAGCACGAGGUGUUUGAGGAGCAGCGGCAGUGGCUGCUUGCGAAGCUCGUCGCCGUGUCGCGCAGCGGCGCCGGCGGCGGAGAAACGGAUGAGACGCUGCCGGAAAGGCGGCAAGAGAGAGGGCCGUUGCUGUCCCAUAGCUCCCGCAGUGUCGGCGGUGUGCCGGUCGAGGACCGGCUGCUGGAGUACGGGAGGCGGAGAGAUGAACGGAUGGAGCGGGCGCGCCGGGCUCGCCAAGAGGAGGCGGAGCUGGCGGAGAGAAAACUCCUCGAGAGGGCUGAGCCGUCGACGCGGAGCGGGACGCACGCUACUUUGUCGAGUGGCGCGGAGGAGGCGGCGCGCCGGCGGGCUGCAAAGUACGAGCGCCUCGUGGAGGAGUCCACGGCGGAGCUGAGCUUUCACCCCCGGAUCUCGGUUGAGUCGGCGCGCCUUGCGCAGGAGCGGCGGGCGAAGGAGAACAUGGGGGCCUUGUCUGUCCCGGAGGCCCUGCUGCGCCGCCAGGCAAUCGCCGAUGCGAAGCUGGAGAGAAAGCGAGCCGAGCUGAACGCGAUGCGCGCGGCCCCAAUGAUUACGAAAAAGGCGAAGAGGUUGUCCCUCCCGUGCACGGCUGCGGAGCGGCUAUAUUUGCAUGCAAGGGAGCGGCAGAGCGAGGAGAGGGAAGUGGGUGCAAGGCUGCGUGAGCUGAGCGAGGAGAGUUUGGAGUUCUCGUUUCACCCGUCCAUUUCCGAGAAGGCCGAGCAACUGCACAGAAAGCCGGGGCGACGGGCGUAUGAGGACCUCUACGAACACGGGAUGCAGCGGCAAGGGCGGAGACGCCUUGAGUCCCCCGAGGCAAGUGCCGAAUUUCGCCCCAGCAUAAACCGGGUGAGCGAGCUGAUCGCGGCGCGGAUGAGCGAGUCCACGACGGAGCGCCUCCUGAAGCCGCGGCGAGCGACACGCAACGAAACGCCCCCUGCAAAGCUGCGCCUGCGGCGUGAGGACCUCGAUCGACGCUUUGACCAGCUGUACAUGGACGGCGGCGCAAGGACCACCCGGCGACGCUCGUUUUCGGAGGGGGAGCAGCAGUUGGGGGCGGAGUGCACGUUUGCUCCAAAGAUCAACCGGGGCCGCAUCCCCGCAGACGGCGUCUCCGGGCUUCCGCUGAAUGUGCGCAUGCAGCUGUGGCAGGAGCGGAAGAAUCAACGGUUGCUGUUGAGCAGGCGAGAGGCGGAGAAGAUGGAGGCGGAAGAAUACGCAGGGGUGCCCGCCGCCUCCCGGCAGAGGACGCGGCCUCCGAUGGAGAGAGGCAUUAGGUGCACGCCAGCGGUGGCCUUGCGUGACGCAGCCGCCCUCAGUCUGGGGCCUCACGCAGCAGACGGCGGCGGCGCUGUGCCGGGGACGGCGUUGGCGGGGCCUGUAGAGCAUGAAGAGACCAUCCAAAAGGCGCUGCAGGCACUCGAGAAUGCGCAGCGCGUGUCCCAGUACAUCAUGCUAGACUAG